GAGAAAGUGUGACCCGAUUCCGUCUCGCCGACAGUCGGAACGUCUUCCCCAGCGUCGCCCAGGCCCCAAUCAACGGCGCCGCAUUUUGAAUUCCGUCCACCGACGUCCGUCACACGCCCGCCGCUGACCUUCAUUCUCGCCUGCGCUCCACAGGUUACCGUACGCCCUUAUAGCCGAAUCGAAUCCUCAUUCCACCGUCCUCGGGUUACCACGGACUCACCUUUCGCACCGUCAAAUUCGCUGCGCCGCGACACUUUGCGCUCACGGCUCGUGAUUCGAAAUCGAUGGUGCCAUAAAUCCCGCUCUGGGCGACCCGUCGCGGAUUUCUCCAGACCAUACAGUCCGCAUUCAAGAGAGCAUCGAAUCGCCCCAUACAUGGCCAACAUGCCCACGACAAACCGCCCUUUCUUUGGCAGCUUCCUAUCUGCCUUCAGAGCGCAUAAUGCGACAAUCCAGAAAGCCGGGGUGACGUCGCCGACCGGGGGCGCGGUACCCACGGCGCAGACGUCAUACUCGCAGCAGGCCAACAGCUCGGCCUCGACGACGAGCACGACGACCGCGCACGCAACCACGCAAGCUCGGCCGAUCACAACAAAGGCCGGGCCCGCAACAGGCGCAACUUCUGUGGCCAUACAAGCCGGCCACUUCCAGACGUCGCGGCAGCAUUCCACCUCUCCCUACUCGAGGUCCCCGGGCUCGCCAAGCACAGGAGCUCUUACUCCGCUCCAAAGCAGGGGAAGGAGAGGCUCCGACAGCUCGUCGGAAGGUUUUCGAGAAACAUCGAUGGGAGCAGAGAAGUGGUAUAUCGGUGGCCGAACCGCCACAGGCGAGGAGCGAGUCUACAAGCUGAGCAUGGUGAGGCGGCCGCGGAGCAUCGACAGGCUGAGCCUGGACAGGAUGAGUCUAUGACCGUCGGAAUGACGUUGAAUGCGUGGGAAAGCACAGAGGACAGAGAGCAUGGCUGCAUCUCUCCCUUUCUCUCUGUCUCCCUGUCUCCCUGUCUCCCUUUCUCCCUCCCUCCCUCCCUCCCUCCCUCUCUCUCUAUUCUUCUUUUUCAUUCUUCUUUGCCGGGAAAAGGCGUUGGAGUACAGAGCAUGCGCGCUCUAGAGUGUCUGGUACAAGGACUUCUACCGGGUGAUCUACACUGAAAAACAAAUUCUAGAAACUGGCCUAUCGAGGCCGAAACCUUGCACGUAUCUCAUGUCCUUUGUGAAUUGUCUCACUAGUUGGGAAAGAAAAAGACUUCGUUUUUGAAGCCUCGCGACGAGGGCUACGUUUUGACAAUGUUGGAUGACACGUACGACCGCGAUGGAAUAGGGUGUGGUGGGCAGGACUGUGAAGAGAUUGUAUAUCUUGUGCAGCUAACAGCUUGUACAUACAAAUGUCGACUCUUCCUUGUUUUCUCCCGUUGAGCGUUCUUUCCACUUUGCCUCUAUUUCAGGGUCUUAAGAAGCCUGGAAAGAUAGAUCAUUCAAGAUUGACACGCCUUCGACCAGGCCGUGAAGAGCCAACAAAAUAUAUUAUGCUGACCCAAUGAUGCCGGAACUGCUGUCGUGAUCUUCUUCCAAUAUCUUCC